CUGUUAUUUCCAAAUCUGCUAUCUGUGAAAUUACUAUUGCCCAAGCUGCUGCCUCCAAAUUUAUUAGUCAAAUUGCUAUCCAUGAAACCACCAAUACUAUCCAAGAUACUGCUUCCGAAACUAUUAAUGCUAUCCAAGUUACUACUUUUGAAACUAUGAAUACUAUCCAAGCUAUUGCUCCUAAAACUACCAUUCAGAAUGCUGAAUCUAAAGUGAUAGAAGAAUAUAUUUCACAAACAUUGAAACUUUGGCAAUCCAUAAACACAUCACUUGAGAAAUAUCAUACAAGAAUAUAUUAG